AUCCGAUAGCGGAAUAUUCACAGGUGUUAAUAGAUACCACUGGAAUAUCAGAGUUAAAAGGAUUUGUAGUGGAUCAGAAUUUAGUUUUAGGAGCUGGGACUACACUUUCGGAGGCUUUGGAUAUUUUCAAGUCUUUGUCGAGUGAAAAACAAAAUUUCAGUUAUUUACGGAAACUAUACGAUCACAUUCAAAUGGUAGCUCAUAUUCCUGUGAGGAAUAUCGGCACCAUAGCUGGCAACUUGAUGACAAAACAUAAACAUCGUGACUUUGCUUCUGACUUAUAUCUUUUGUUCGAAACCAUUGGAGCACUAUUGACUAUUUUAAGUUCUGCAGAGAAAAAAAUUGUAACAAUGCAAGAAUUUUUAAAUGUUAAUAUGACAGGAAAAAUAAUCCUGAACAUACUUUGUCCGCCUUUGUCUCAGGACUAUAAAUUAGUUACUUACAAGAUAAUGCCACGAUCACAAAGUGUCCAUGCUAUAACCAACGCAGGAUUUCUUUACAAACUCGAUGAAAACGGUAAAGUCUUAGAGAGCAGGUUAGUAUUCGGUGGUCUGUCCCCGACGUUCACCAGAGCGAGUAAAACAGAAAAUUACUUGAUGGGAAAGUAUCUCUUUGCAAACGAGACCUUACAGGGUGCCAUCAAAGUACUGGACGAUGAACUGGUCAUAACACGGGAGCUGCCCAAGCUUUCCGUAGAGUAUAGAAGACGGCUUGCCAUUGGAUUGUUUUAUAAGGGUCUUCUACACCUCUGUCCGUCAAAUGUAGUCGGUGCAAGAUACCGUUCUGGAGCAGUGGCUAUCCACGACACACGCCCUGUGAGUCAGGGCAGCCAGGAGAUCCAGACCGACCCCACUUUGUGGCCCCUCACCAAACCCAUUCCAAAGAUUGAGGCACUGAGGCAGUGUUCUGGUGAAACAAUUUAUACUGACGACUUGCCACCCAUUAAAAAUGAAGUUUUCAUAUCAUUUGUGCUGAGCACAGUACCUUUGGGACAUAUAGACGUUAUUGAUCCUAGCAUAGCCCUGAAAGAACCAGGAGUUGUAGCGUUUUAUUCCGCCAAAGAUAUACCCGGACUUAACUCGUUCAGUCCAGUUGAUGAUACGUUUUUCUUAACAAAUGAAGAGAUUUUAUGCAGUGGUGAUGUAAAAUAUUACAAUCAACCCGUUGGUAUGAUUGUGGCAGAAACUCAACAUAUUGCGGACAGAGCGGCGAAGCUCGUCACUGUCUCUUACAGCAACGUUAAGAAACCAGUUAUAGAUGUUACAGAGGCUAUAAAAGAUACGAAUAGAUUGAGCCUUUAUACUUCAGUAACAGCAACAAAUAAAGGUUCCGAUGUAUCAAAGGUGAUAAACGGGUCCAUGACUAUUUAUCAGCAAUAUCCAUUUUGUAUGGAGUCUUUGUGCAGCGUUUCUAUCCCAUCAGAAGAUGGAUUAGAAGUUCACGCGGCAACACAACUUUCAAUGGGCGUACAGGUUGCGAUUUCUCGAGCUUUAAAUAUUCCACUAAAUAAGAUUGAUGUGUACGUCCGUCAAGUGGGCGGCGCUUAUGGGUAUAAAUUGACGCGAAACAAUCAAGGCAUUGUGGCCGCCAGCCUCGCCACUCUACGCCUUGGCCGGCCCUGUCGCUUCGUACAAAAUCUCACAACGAACCUCAGAGCUGUCGGCAAAAGAUGUCCCUGUACUACAAAUUACGAGGUGGGAGUAAACGCCAAAGGUGUAGUUCAAUACUUGAAUUCCAACUUGUACACUGACAACGGAUACACAGUGAAUGAGCCGUUAAUAAUGCUCGCCGCGCCGGUCUUCAACAACUGCUACAACAAAGCCACUUGGAACUACAAUUUGUACAACGUUGUUACUGACACCGCGUCGAACACAUGGUGCCGGUCACCAGGAUCGUUGGAAGCAAUCGCAAACGCCGAGCUCAUAAUGGAAAGAAUUUCCUAUGAAAUGAACCUAGAUCCGGUCAAUGUUCGUCUAGCUAACCUAGACCUGGCUAGUAGUGCAGUUCAGGAAAUGUGGGAUAAUUUAAAAAUAAAAUCACAAUAUGACGAGAGGCGUGCGGACGUACAGAAAUUCAAUUCAGAAAACAGAUGGUUGAAGCGAGGCUUGAGAGUAGCUUUCAUGAGGUGGUCGUCUCUCAACACUACGUUUACAUCUGCAACUGUAUCCGUGUUCUCCGAUGACGGAACCGUUGCUAUCACACAUGGUGGUAUCGAGAUAGGCCAGGGUAUCAACACUAAGCUAGCUCAGAUUUGUGCCUACUUCCUCCAAAUACCCUUGAGUAAAAUUCUUGUGAAAGGGCAAAAUACAAUUAUUUCUCCUAAUGCGGCUCCAACUUCAGGAAGUGUGGCAUCACUUAACGUUGCCCUGUGUGUCCAAAGAGGCUGCGAAGAUUUACUUCGAAGGUUGGAACCGAUCAAACAACAGAUGGGUGGGAACCCCACUUGGGAGGAACUUGUGAAAAAAGCGUAUAAAUCAAACAUUGACUUACAAGGUCGAGGAAUUCUUAAUUUAGGAGACGAGAAUUCUUCUCAAGUAUAUGGUGUUAUUGUGACUGAAGUUGAAAUCGACAUAAUAACUGGGCAAUCUGAAAUAAAACGUGUAGAUCUAUUAGAAGACGUAGGACAAAGUGUUAGUCCUGAAAUAGACGUUGGUCAGAUCGAAGGAGGUUUUAUCAUGGGUCUCGGAUAUUGGACGUGUGAAAAAAUGGAAUAUGAACCGAGGACAGGAGAGGUGCUCUCCGAUCGUACGUGGACCUACUGGGUGCCGCAAGCUAAAGACAUUGCACAAGAUUUCCGUAUUUAUUUCAGAGAAAACUCUUAUAGUACCAACACUUAUCUUGGGGCUAAAGCUACUGGGGAACCGGGAACUUCUUUGGCAGUAGCAAUACCGCUGGCGAUGCGCGAAGCAAUCUCUGCGGCAAGACUAGAGUCCGGAAUACCGACUAAUCAGUGGUUCCAAAUCAAUGGCCCGUACACCACAGAACAGAUAUGUUUAGCGGCGGCAACAAAAUUUGAAGACUUUAAAUAUUAUUAA